AUGCGGACUAUCUUCAUGGUUCUUGACCUUCCUCAACUGAUUUCCUUUUCGAGCUGUCUCCCCACUUGCUUUCUACUUGACAACCCUCUGCUAGAGACUAUCAGACAACCUUCGUUUCUUGGCUCCCGUUCAAGCUUUGGUAAGUCUCUACAUCAGAUUCCAGUCUUUGUCCGCGUUGCCGUCAUUGCUUACAGCUUUCAAAGCACACUCUGGCAUAUCUACACCAUCACCUUUGACGCUCAACUUUUACACUCGCACUUGCAACAGCUUGCUCCUUGUUCUCGUGUUACGGAAGCUUCCAAACCGCCGUCUUGGAACUCUGUGUGA